UCCCCGUUGCAAAACAAAUGAUGAAUUGUCAAAUUUAGCCCCUCCUCUCAGCCUUUCGCGCUCCUCGGUCCUCGAAUACUAAACACCUUUUGGUUUUACUCUUUGUCGUACUCUCAGUUCUCCGAUCGAACCAACCCAACCCAACCCAGCCUCCUCUUUUCCCAUUUCUUCUCCUUCCUCUUUUUUCUUGCUCGCUCUCUCUGAUUACAUAUGAUGGAGGAGCAGCCUUAUCUUCUAUUACAGCGAUACCGUCGAGACCGUCGCAACCUCUUAGAGUUCCUCUUCUCCUCUUCUCUGAUCAAAGAGCUCCGAACCCCAGCCGGCCACGUCACCUCUCUCUCCGACCUCGAUUUUGAUAAUCUCAGCGCCGAUUACAUCCUACACUCCAUCAAAUCCGGUGGAGUGGUUGAUAUUUCUGAAGCAACUAAGAAGUACUUCGAUGAAUCUUCUUAUCCAGUUAUGAUUCAAUCUCAAUUAGGGGAUUCCUAUUUUCUUCUUUCUGAUCCAGACAUGUCUGGAUCACCUCCCAGGAGAGCUCCGCCUCCAAUUGAUGUGAACCGAAAUGCUGAUAAUGCAUCAUAUUCAUCUAGACAGCCGGAUCCUUUGAUUGUCGAGAACAUUGGAGCAUCUAUGGAUAAAUAUAGUCCAAAAUACAAUGCACCUUUGUCACGAGUAGAGGAUGUAAACAUUCCUCCAUUAGGAUUACCUUGCUUGAACACAGGAUUGUCUGAUGAUGACUUACAAGAAUCAGCCUAUGAAAUUUUGCUUUCAUCUUUGGUUUUUUCUGGGAUUGAAGUACAUACAGUUGAGGAUAGAAGGAAAGAGAAGAGUUCUAAGUUUUUGUCAGGGUUAAAGACUAAAAGGGAGAAAAUAAACCAACAAUCUCAGGGACGAGGGAGACAUUCAGAGCUUGUAGACACCAUUCGCAUUCAGAUGCAGAUUUCAGAAGCAAUGGAUGCAUGCAUAAGACACAGAUUGACACAACUGGCUGCCAGGAGAAUUUGGGAAUCAGUUGAUAUUCCUAAAAUCUCAUUGGGACUUUUGAAUAGCGUAUUCAAGUCUGAUUUUCUUAAUGAAAAGUCUUAUGUACAUUGGAAGAGUAGACAGGCAAGUAUCUUAGAAGAGAUUCUUUACUUCUCUGCUAAUCUUGAAGCAUAUGAACGUGAAACCAUUAAAAGCUCUCUCUCAAAGAUCAGAAAUUCUAAGGAGUGGGAUAUCACAAUGUCCCCUUCUGAACGGGCUGAGGUUCUGUUGCCUAUUACACAAGUGGAAUUAAAUUUGUCGUCUCUGUCGGGAAAAUUUAGUAUCCAGGGCGAAACCUAUUGUUGGACUGCUGGUUAUCACUUGAACAUUAGACUUUAUGAGAAGUUACUUUUUGGUGUGUUUGACGUUCUUGAUGAAGGCCAGUUCAUAGAGGAAUCUAAUGAACUGCUGAUGCUUAACAAAUUGACCUGGUGUAUUUUAGGCAUCACACAGAAAAUGCAUAAUGCAUUAUAUGGGUGGGUCCUUUUCCAGCAGUAUGUAGGGACAAAUGAGGCUAUGCUAUUAGAACAUGCUCUCCGUGAGUUGCAGAAAGUUGUGUCUGGUGAACAUGCCGAUCAGAAGGAAGAGCAGUACAUGGAUAGCCUAGCAUGUUCAAGGCAAUACAAUGGCAGUGAAAUAAAGUUAGGUUUGGUGCAGGCUGUUUUCUUCUCGAUAAGCAGUUGGUGUGAUGAUAAGCUGCAAGAUUAUCACCUACAUUUCAGUCAGGAACCUACAAACUUCUCUAGGGUAAUGAACUUGAUGUCAGCAGUUGGAAUUCUUACUUCCGGUGAUUCUGGUGAUAUCAAGUUAAUCAGGUUGGAUGAUUCAAAUGAGCAUGCAACUAGAAAACUCAAAACAUAUGUGGAGAGAUCAAUCAGAGCUGCAUACAGGCGGGUAGCAAGCACUAUAGAUCUUGAAUCUAAAGUGUUAGGGACGCAUCCUUUGGCCCUGCUUGCAAAUGAGCUAAGAUUGAUUGCUCAGAGAGAGUUCAGUGUGUUCUUCCCAGUGCUACGUUGUUGGUGUCCUGAAUCUGGGAUGAUUGCGGCCAUGCGACUACACCAAAUUUAUGGGGAAAGACUGAAACCGUUUCUCAAGGGAGUGUCAUCUCUUUCUGAAGAUGUCAGAUCGGUGCUUCCAGCUGCUCAUUUGUUGGAUGAUGACCUAACUCAGCUGUAUAUUUCUGCUUGUGAAGAAAACAGGCAGCAUCACCAUCUCAACCAAGAUCUGGACCAUUAUCCGAUUGGAGAAGUUGCUAAACCAAUAAUUCUUGAUUGGGUGAUUGCUCAGAAUUCACGUAUCCUGGAAUGGACUGGACGUGUGUUUGAUCUUGAGGAGUGGGAGCCUUUAUCAUCUCAGCAGAGAAUGGCAACAUCUAUAGUUGAAGUGUUUAGGAUCAUAGAGGAGACUGUGGAUCAAUUCUUUGGCUUGAAUCUUUCAAUGGAUAUCACACAUUUACAAGCUCUGCUAUCUAUUAUUUUUCACAGUCUGGAUGCCUAUUUGCUAAAAUUGCUCAACCAGCUAGUUGAUAAGAAUCAUCUAUAUCCUUUGGCUCCUCCUUUGACUCGUUAUGAGGAGACAGUUAUUCCAAUAAUGAAAAAGAAGGUACUAGAGCGUAAACUUUUGGAGGAUGGUGUGAGCAACAUAUUGAAUGAAUUGACAGUAUCCAAACUCUGUGUCAGACUAAACACUCUUAAAUAUAUUCAGAAACAAAUUGGAGUACUAGAAGAUGGCAUUAGAAAGUCGUGGGCACUUAUCAGACCAUCAGUUGCUCAAAGAUGGGCAAAAGAGGAGCCUCUGGAAACUUCAGAGAAUUCUCUGCCAUCAUGUGGUGAAGCAGUUGAUGAACUGUUUGUCACCACCUUUAACAGCAUCAAGGAUACUGCAACAGAUUCUAUCAACAAAAUUUGUGACUUUACUGGUGCAAGAGUCAUGUUCUGGGACCUUAGAGAUGCAUUCCCCUUUUCUUUAUAUCGUGGUAAUGUUGAAGGUGCUCGCUUCGAUGGUGUUCUUCCACAGAUUGAUACUGUUCUUGACCACAUAUGUGGUCUAAUUGGUGAUACUCUUAGAGACCUUGUGGCUUUCAGCAUCUGUCGAGCAUCACUGGAAUGCUAUGUUUGGGUGUUGCUUAAUGGAGGUCCUUCUCGUGCAUUUUCUGAUUCCGAUAUCACACUUAUGGAGGAUGACCUUAAUAUGUUGAAGGAAUUCUUUAUAGCUGAUGGAGAAGGCCUUCCACGUUCUUUAGUGGAGCAAGAAGCGAAUUUUGCUGAGCAAAUACUAAGCCUGUAUACCCUUCAGACUGGUACUGUCAUCCAGAUGCUGAUGACAGCAAGUGAACAAAUUUCAUCGGGAUUAGAUUCACUUAAUCGUGACUCACAUAAUCAUGACAAAAUGGGCUUGGAAGAUGCCCAAACUUUAAUACGAGUCUUAUGCCACAAGAAGGAUAGAGAAGCCUCCAAAUUCUUAAAAAGACAGUAUCAGCUCCCAGCAUCUUCAGAUUAUGAUGACACUCCAUCUGAGGAUUCGACUUUUGGAUCACCUCUCAUAUCUGAUCUUCUAAAGCGGAGCUCCUCAUUUCAAUGGACCAAUAAGAGCCAGAGUAGCUUUAAAUCUUUUAAGAAUAAAAUCAAAGAAGCAACAUCUGACAUCAGGAGCGUGGCAUGGUAAUGAUACUUAAAUAUGUACUGCUAUGAAGGCAACUUGCAUUCUAAUGUAGAUUUCAACCUGUUGUUAGCAAUCUGCUCUUCAAGGGGUUAAACGAGUCAUUAAGAUGGCAUUCCUAGUAUGCCAAGUUUUGUAUUCCAUGUAAAGCUUUUUCCUGCAAAACACUACUCCUUAUAUAAUUUGUACAUGUACCAUAAUUUACUCUCAUCAUUCAUGUAGGCAAAAAUCACGAAUACUCACCAUUAUCUGAGUACUAAUGUGGUGAUUUGAGUUGGAAUAUACAGUCAACAUUUUUAUUUUUAA